UAAAGAACUAAUUUAUUUAAAUUAAAAAAAUGAAAUCUUUAAUUUUAACAAUCGUCUCUGUAACCCUUUUGGGUGCUUUAAUAGAAGCUUAUCCUCAACGUGUGCACUAUCAAAAAUUACCAUAUUAUCCUCCUCCUACCCAACGACCACGCCCUAUACGAGUACGUAGAGAUUUGGGUGGUCAAAUAUCAACAAAUCCAGCUGGUGGCAAUAAUGCUAAAGUAGAUUUUACUCAGGGAAUUGGCACGCCAGAACACAAUCUCAUAGGACAAGCUUUUGCUGCGGGUAAUACUAAAGGAGGUCCUGUGGCUACUGGUGGUACCUUACAAUACAAUAACAAUGGUUUUGGUGCUGCUAUUACCAAAGAACAUAUACCCGGCAUACGCGAUACCUUGACCAAGAGUAUCAGUGCUGAUUUUGGUGAUCAUAAAAUUGGUGCUAAUGUCUUUAAAUCUGAUAAUACUUUACCCAAUGGCUUUAAAUUCGAACGCAAUGGUCAUGGUUUAGAAUAUUCGCAUAUUAAUGGUCAUGGUGCCAGUUUGACACAAAGUAGUAUACCCAAUUUUGGACGUCAAUUGGAAUUGGCUGGUAAGGCUAAUUUGUGGUCUUCUCAAGAUCGUAAUACCCGUUUGGAUUUAACCGGUACUGCUUCGAAAUGGACUAGUGGUCCUUUCAGUGGCCAAACUAGCUAUGGCGGUGGUUUGGGUUUGACCCACUACUUUGGGUAAUUCUAUUAUUAUCAAAAUAUUGUGAUUUUAUAAGAUUUAAGUAAUUUAUUAAAUAAAAUUAAGAAAUUUAAAAGAAAUGGUUAAAAAAAACUUAA